AGUCUUCAAGGACCUCCAAAAACUCAAUAUAGAAAGUUAUGUUUUUUGUAACAGUAGCUUAGCAUUAUUAGCUUAGCAAAAUGCUAACAACUCUGAAUUCUAAUGUAGUUUCGUAAAGUAGAGCCUUCAUCAGCGUUUAUUUUUUUAAUAUGGUGAUUAGAUGGUGAUAAUCUGAUAAAACAGAACACUGACUAGCGCUAUAAACUGACCCUGUAAACAUAAUCCUGCAUUGUUGCUCUGCGACCUCUGAUUCCACAUUAUGAGAUAACUGUUAGCUCAUCUCGGUUUAUUACUGUGAGGGUGUAGCUGAAUGUCUAACACACAUGUGCUUUACGACUCAGAACGGCUGACUGAGAAACAAAUAACUGAAAGACAAACAGAAGGAGUGUUUCGCUCGAUAUUCAGCACACGCUGAUGUGAAGCUGCUGUUUUUUUUGUUGUUGUUGUGCUGCUUUCAUUUGAGCUCAGUGUAUGAAUUGAGCUGCGGGUUCAUUUUAUUUAGCAUCUCAAGGAGAUCUUCAGCUGAAUAAAUCAGAAGCAUGAAGAGAUUUGGAGCUGAUGAGCCUGAAAACCUUGAGCUCCAACUGACUGAUGGAGCUAGGCAGUCGGUGGUUGUUUCUCCAGUGUCUGUGGCUUCAGUAAAGGAUGUGGGCCGCUCAGUUGCUCUUCUGGCCUCCUAUGCAAGAGGCCGCUGGAAACAUGCUGCCCGCAAGACUGUGAGGAAGAAACCCACAGAGGAAUAUAUCGGCAAGUAUAAGGGUCUGGCGACAGAUGAAGAUGCUGUAGAUGGACAGAGGAAUGGGAAAAUGGAGAUGAAUAAAAGGCUUCUGGAUCACUUUCGGGUUCUGGCAGCCAGUAAUAAAGACAGCGAUGAGGUGGACCUGCAGCUUCUGAAUGAAGCGCUCACACAUGGAGCCGACCCAAACACUGCAGAUAAAUAUGGACAAACGGCCCUGCAUGAGAUCUCUCGGACGUGGAACGUGGAUGUGAUGCGCUUUUUCCUGGAGCGAGGAGCAGAUUUUCAGAGGGCCGACGCUUUCGGAGUGACUCCUCUACACGUGGCCGCGGCUCUGGAUUAUGAGGAGAUGUUGCAGUUCCUCUUAGAAAGAGGAGCUGAUAUUGAAGCUCGCACAUACAAAGACAAGCAGACUCCACUGCACUUCGCUGCUAAAAACGACGCUGUGGCCUCGGUGAGGAUGUUACUGCAGAACGGGGCCGACAUCACUGUUCGUGAUUAUAAAGACAGAACGCCUCUACAGCUGGCUGCCAACUUCGAUCGAAGCGAGACGGCACGUUUGCUGCUGGAGUUUGGAGCAGACGCUGGAGUGCAGGACUCUGAUGGACAUCUCUGCAUCACUGCCAUGAUCACCAAAAUGACUCCCGUGGUGAGAUUCGUACUCACUUAUUCUUAUGAUUAUUCAGAAUUUAGCACUUAG